AUGAGAGGGGGACGAGAUCGGUUCGCUGUCGUUCGACCUGGGAAUGCCUUUAGAGACAAACCUGGUCGUUCCAACUUUUCAAAAUUUGGAUUGCAACGGGUAUCUUCAGAUAAAAUUACUGAAAUGGGUUUAUUUCUUCAUGCAUGCGAGGGCGAUAUGGUAUGCAAAUCAGUCAAUUCCAAAAUCCCAUAUUUUAAUGCACCAAUUUAUUUAGAGAAUAAGAAUCAAAUAGGAAAAGUUGAUGAGAUCCUUGGACCAAUGAAUGAAGUAUAUUUUACAAUCAAAUUGCAGGAAGGCAUAGUUGCAACAUCUUUUAAACCAAACGAUAAAGUAUAUAUUGGUGAAGAUAAGCUGUUGCCAUUAGAAAGAUUUUUGCCUAAGCCACCUGCUCCGAAAACAGGUAAGAUUACAAAUAAUGAUUUUUAUAAUUUAAAUAAAUCUUAA